GCAAGAGCAGUUCAGCAUUUUAAACACUAAUCAUCUUCAGCCACCCCCCCCCCCCAACAGAUAUUUAGUCUGUGAUGGGAAGUGUGGUGCUGAAAGAUGAGUGGAAUCACCCUGUCGCGCUGAGAUGGAGUGCAAGGGGGUGUGAGGCAGCCGGUGAACUGCAGCCUGAACAACUCUCUCCCACCUUGGGAAGUUUCGCGGCGACCACACAAAUCCCGGGGUGGCCAAUGAAGGUGCAGCCACUCAGAAAUUUUUAGGGGAAAAAAAAAAUUACAACCAUUUUCUGGGCGGUCACCACCACACCCCCUCGCCUCUUGAGGCUGAUCUCGAACAGUCAGAACCCCUCCCCGGGCAGAGAGAGGACGCUCUCCUGCCAUAAAGGAGACGUGUCAUCGCGUCCCGCCACUGCUCCGGCACCCUGCUCCCGAGUGAAUAGCAUCCAGCGAGAACAAGCUACGGUUGAUGGCUAUUGAAGAUUCUUGGUUUUAAAUGGGCAGAAGCUAUGGCUGACACGAUAUUUGGAAGUGGAGCAGACCAGUGGGUGUGCCCUAAUGACAGGCAACUUGCCCUUAGAGCGAAGCUCAAAACUGGCUGGUCGGUACACACAAAUGAGACGGCCAAACAGCGACAGAAUCAGAUGCUUGCUAAACAUGAAAUUGAAAUUAUCCUGGAUGUCAUCAAGAGAGCAGAGAAGCUGGAGCUGAUUGAACAAAAUCGCAUUGGUCGUCUUGUUGAACGUUUAGAAAACAUGAAAAAGAAUGUGAUGGGAAAUGGCCAGUCUCAGUGCUUGUUAUGUGGAGAGUUACUUGGAUUUCUGGGAUCAACAUCCGUCUUCUGUCAGGACUGUAGGAGGAAAGUCUGCAUAAAGUGUGGAAUUGAGACACUUGGGAGUCAGCGGAAACCCGUUUGGCUUUGCAAAAUAUGCAGUGAGGGAAGAGAGAUUUGGAAGAGAUCUGGUGCUUGGUUUUACAAGGGACUGCCAAAAUAUAUCCUACCGUCAAAAAGCUCUGCUAAAAACAGUGAGCUACAUUUACGGCCUCUUCAACUGGAGACCUUGCAGGAUAGAGGAAGUGUUAUCGUCAACCGCUCCUACAGCUGGGCGAGAGGAAGAGUUGUCUCCAGUGACAGUGAAAGUGAAUCUGAGUGCAGUUCGUCUAGUCAAGAUGACAAAGUUUCAGCUGGUAGCUCAACAAAUUACAAGGGAAAAAAACAGAAGAAUGAAUCAGGUGGCCACCAUCUGGCAAAUGCUUCAUCUGGGGGUCAAUCCAAUCCUGGACGUGGAAGAGGUUUAAGUGCCACAAAGAGCCUUGGUAAUAACAAUAAGAAUGAUUUUGGCAAGAAUUCACUAGGUUGGCAUUGAGUGGGUACAGGAUCCAGGCAUCCUCCCAAUCUCUAUCAUCCAAGGAUUGCCCAUUUCUCCUUCCCAAGACGUCCGGGUUGGAGCUGUGGAUUCUGAUGCCAUUCGAAUAAAAGAAAUAUCUAACUUGAUACAAGUGCUAAAGUCAAAUUUUUUUGACCAGACAGCUUUAACUCCGGAGUGUUCAUUUCCUGGACGUCUGGUUGGAUAUGGGAAAAACCUUUGCUGUAGUAAUUCAUAGCUGAAUCUAGUAUGUUCCAAUUAUCUAAUCUACUUUAUUCAUGAGAUCUCCAAGCCUACAAAGUGUCUUGAGACCUAUCAUUAAAUGCUACAAUCCUUGUUUGCUGUUGUGAAGGUUUGGCUGCUACUGGUCACUGAAACCAAAAAACCAAUAGGUAUCUGAAAUAGCCAUCCAGUGUCAAAAUGAAUAGCUGGCUGAUGAUCUUGAGCAGAGAGCCUUUUUUGUGACUAAGUGCAAAAUGAGGUUCUAUAUAGAUUCUGUACUUCUACACUGAGAAGGGAUGUUGUAGGAGCUAAAAUCUCAUUUUUUAGCUGGACGGUGUUGUAUUUGUAAUUGUAUUUGUUAGAUUGGAAUGCCACAGAAAUUUAUGGUCUUACCCUUGCUUGAUAUGUUCUGAUUGCUCCUUGUGAUGCUCAAAUAAAUAUUACUGAAAUAAAUGUUUAAAAAGUAAUA